AUGGCUGCGAUCCGGAAGAAGUUGGUCAUCGUUGGCGAUGGAGCUUGUGGGAAGACAUGUUUGCUCAUUGUCUUCAGUAAAGACCAAUUUCCUGAGGUCUAUGUCCCAACCGUAUUCGAAAAUUAUGUUGCUGAUAUUGAAGUUGAUGGCAAGCAAGUCGAACUGGCACUUUGGGAUACUGCUGGUCAGGAGGAUUACGAUCGUCUUAGGCCGUUGUCCUAUCCCGAUACAGAUGUUAUACUGAUGUGUUUCUCAAUUGACAGUACUGAUAGCCUCGACAAUAUAAUUGAAAAGUGGCAUCCUGAAGUGAAACAUUUCUGUCCAAAUGUUCCAAUAAUUCUUGUGGGUAACAAACAAGAUUUACGUAAUGAUGAACGAGCACAUCAUGAGUUGGCUAAAGUACGUCAGGAAUUGGUUAAGUAUGAAGAGGGUCGUCUCAUGGCUGAUCGUAUCACCUCCAAUAAGUAACCAUCUCAUAAUGUUGUUUUUCAAAUCCCAUUUGACCGAGAUUUUUAAAUGUUCUUACUGCGUCAAAUCGAACCAUACCUUUUACUGUGGAAAAUGUUAAGUUAUCAAUUUCUGUUGUAUACUUUCUUCUUUCAUGUGUUAUUGUUUCCUCCUGGUUCCCUAUCAAUUCAUAUUUUUUAUGUUGUUGUUGUUGUCGUCGUCGAGUAGAGAAGUGGUUCGUUGUCUCAAACUGUCGGUUUUCGGCUAAUAUCUCUUGGAUUUGAGUCCAGCUGAACUUAAGCCUAGGCAACUGAGUAGUAGUAUCAUCAGCCCUCACGCGAUAAGUGCGUGCGGCUCUUAACUUGGUACAUGAAAAAUCUGUUCCAGGUAACUGAAUUCAACUAAAGUUCCCUCUUAUCGAGUCAGUAAAGUAGUGGCAACUGGAAGUUAUAUACAAUUGUAGCAGUUUAUUUUGAGCUAAAAUGCCAAUACAUUGUGAUUGAUUUGUUCAAAACGUUGAAGUGAACUGAAUUUCUCACGUAGAACUUUGCACAAGAAUUCAUUAGAUUCAGCUUGCCAAUGGUGGCAUGAAGAGGAUUCAGAAAGAAACUCUAACAAACGAAAGUGUACAGCAGACCGAAUGAUUACAUGGCGAAAAAUGAAAAUUUAAUGGGUCUGCGAUUUCAUAAAGAGUGAAUGCAUCUACCACUUUGAGGAAGAUUUUAAGUCAUAUUGUAACAACAGAAGACAAAGACCAGGCAACAGAUCGUUUAUUAGAGAAAUCAACACAUACUUGUAGAUUUUCAUGUACAUUUUACAGAUUAUUGUUAGCAGAAGAAAAACAUAGUCCUCUGAUUGGUUGUUUUUCACAGAAAGUUAACCUUGCAUCUCUUGUGGCUGUUUCUUGAAUGUCAGAUCAUCUAUAUGUUAACUGUAUCUGCCUACGCAAAGCCUUUCUUCUAAUUUUUCUCACGACCAAUAUUGGGGACACAAAUAUUGAGGUAAAUUACUGUCCACCAACUUUGGCUAACGGCCAGCUCUCACCAUGAUAUCACCAAUAGUCUCCAGUCAUUGAUUUUUAGGGUCUUGAGAAUCCCACUUAGAUAUAUCCUACACUUUCCCACAUAGCUCAAACCAACAGCUAAAGAUUUAUGCCAUAUAUUGAUUCAGUCUCUUUCUCAGUUAUAUCAUUGUUUUCCGUGAAGGACAAUGGCUUAGGAUGCAUAACAUGGCCUUAAACCAUCUCAGUAUAUACAACUUCAUAAUCUCAUCGAUUGACACCAUACAUCUAAUCUCCGUGUUACUGACGUUGUGUUAUUAUGAUCAUUUCUUUGAAAAGUUCAGAUUAAAUUGUCGAAUGGAAAUUUUGAGAUUACUGGUUUUAAUACCUCUCAGAUUUGUACGGACAUAACUUUAUAUAUAAAUAUAUAUAUAUAUAUAUAUAUAUAUAUAUAUAUAUUUAAAGUAUUGGUUUUGUAGGGAUUUUGUUUGAUUGGAUGGAAGAUUUCAUCAUAAGUUGACAUCAGUGAGAGAAACGCUGGAAAACCAACUGAGAGGACUGGACAGCUGUUUCAUCCUGGUUUGGGACUCUCCACCAGUACGCACCCACGGGGGUUCGAACCGAUGACCUUCUGGUUACAAGGUGAGCUCGUAGACCAUUAAGCCACUGGGACCCGAUUCAGUGGCCAGCCAGUUCAUGAAUUUCAACUUCUGCCUGCUUUUGCUUAGUGCCCGAUAUUGAUGACAGGUUCGGUUCAAAUCUUUAUUAGAGUUUCUACUAAUUUAGCUGGUAGUAGAUUCCUAUUCUGAAUGUCAUCCAACCUACAGUCGUGUAUGCUCCACAGAUAUAAUUGAAAUUAGCGCUGAAACUUUCACUUAAAUGUUGUGCUUAUAUAUGAUUAGAAAAAUUGAAUACUUGAUUUAAUAAUACUGUUUUAUCUUAAUCUUUUAAACCUUGCAGAUGCUUAUGUUUAUUUGGAAUGCU